GCGACGCAGACGCAUUAAUUUUCUGGGGAUCGCGAUUUACACGUCUGGCACGUGGUUUCUCGUAUAAAACACAAAAAUGGCGGCGGUCCACCACGAACAAUCACGAGUUAAACUCUCUAAACUCGGUUAAAUCCUGUCCAUCCCGACUAUCUUACGAUUCUUCCUUGAAAAUUUAAAAAAACAUAUCUCCUUCGACAAUCGUUAUCCGCGAAGACGAUGUCCACGUCGAGGCGUCAGCGGCCAAGCCGGCUCGGCGCCAAAAUCAGCUCACCAGUCGCGCUUUCCGGUCGGUGUUUUAUAAAUACUGCAGACAGUCCAAGUGUGCAGCGAACACGGGAGUCGUUGUAAAAUCACGAAAGAUCUCGGCAGACACGGUUUUACAGCUGCACGGAUCGAGUCGAAUUCGAUUUGAUCGUGGAGAAAUAAAUAUAUUCGUGGCGUUUAGAUUGUGAUUUUUUGUGAUAAAGUGUGAAGUUGACCGUGGGGAAGUGUGUACAUGCUUAAGUGGUGUUAGUGACAUUUUCUUUGGAUUAAUUGUAGCCCGGGUUGGCUGAGCGAAUUCUUGGAACCAAGUGCCAAAGGUAUACGAAUUAACGCUAGUGUGUGCACAAAAGUUGGGAAAGAAACAUUUUGUAAAACGUAUUCGUUUGUAGGAAGUUUGAUAAGUUUCGUCUGUGUUUCGAAAAAGUGCGAUAAGAAUUGAAGAAGUAAUUUUUUAACCGACACUUGUGAUUUUCUGAAGAAGAAUUGAUUAUUGUUCCUUGGAAUUUUCUUAGAUAAAAUGAUUCAAAGUUGAAUCGACAACGCGAGGGCGUGGAAAACAAAAGCGAGGAUCCUUCAUCGCGAAAUGACAGAAUGCGAGGCUCAUGAUCUCUUCGUCGAUCAUUGCGGACAAUUAAACGAGAAUUUUGGCCUCGAUUCGAGCCCGUGGCGAGCGAUCGACGACAGUCCGUCAAAAUGAGCUUAAUGAAGAAGGCCAUCGGCGGUUCCAUUCACAGGAUACGAGAGUUCGAGCUCGAGAAGGUGAACUUGAUCGAUGAGUUCGAUAUCCUGCAAAUCGUGGGCGAGGGAUGGUUCGGCAAAAUCCUGCUGACCGAGCAUCGAAGCACCCAGACCGAGAUGGUGCUGAAGGCUCUGCCGAAGGCGUACACCGGCAUCUCGGACUUCUUUCGCGAGUUCCAUUACGGGCUACACCUGGCCGCGCACAGGAACAUCAUAACCACCUACGACGUGGCCUUCGAGACUGCUGGCUUCUACGUUUUCAGUCAGGAAUACGCACCGCUCGGAGAUUUAACGUCCAACGUGACAGAGACGGGGUUAGGCGAGCUUCACGCGAAAAGGGUUGCAAGGCAAUUGGCGGCUGCUGUGCAUCAUAUUCACAGCCGAGAAUUGGUGCACCGUGAUAUCAAGCUCGACAAUAUCCUCGUGUUCAGAAGUGACUUCUCGCGGAUCAAGUUAUGCGAUUUUGGAGAAACAAGACGAGUGAACACUGUGGUGCGACGACACAACGAGUGGCUGCCAUAUUCGCCGCCCGAGGUAUUGCAGAUCGACACUGACGAAACGUACAAAGCUCUCACGUCGCACGACGUCUGGCAAUUCGGCAUUGUCCUAUUUGUCUGUCUGACCGGAUGUUUGCCAUGGCAGAAGGCGGCGUUGGACGAUCCGCGUUACACCAGAUAUCAAAACUGGCACAACGCGACGCUCAACAUAGCCAAGAAACCGAAAUUAUUUCAGCUGAUCAGCUCACGGGCGCAGAGAAUGUUCAAGCGAUUGCUGGAUCCUAAGACCGAGAAGCGACCCGUGAGCGUGUUGGAGGUAAAUAAAUACUUGGAGGACAGGUGGCUAGCGAAACUCGGUGCCGAGAAGGCGAUGAACGGUGGCGCCGACGAAAGGGACGAGCUAUGUCCCUCAAUGUACAGUUUCCACAGCUCUCUCGAGGAGAAGAAUCAACUGCUUCACACUCUGACCACGUACGGGAUCGAAACAACCGUGGACAGAGCCAAGAAGAAGGAUCGGAUCAGAGAAUGGAUUCAAGCGAGCGCGAUAGUCGAGGAGUACGAGGAGGACGAAUCGGAUCUAAACGAGGAUAUUCGCGUCGUCUACGAGGACGAGGACGAAGAGCCUAGCUCGAUGAAAGGCAGACAUUUCCCCGAAACUCGACCAGUUGUCAGGAACGAGACGAGGAGGCACAAAAAUCGAGCACACGGCUCGUCGGCCAGGAAAAGACAGCCUAUCAAAAGACAGCCUACCGAACGAAAGAUCCCAUUUGCCCCUCAAGUAGCCGAGGAACGAGAGACCAUAGCCAGAUUCGCAAGUUUCCCCAACGGCGAUCCCAAUUUGGCACUUCUCAAGAAUGGAACGAGUAACGACACGACUCUAUCUCUAAAAACCGAGGCCAAUGUGGAAGAUCAGAAAUCAUUGGUGAACGGUCAAAUGAUCGAUAACUCCCCGACGACGAGUCUGAACGUUCAAGACGAAUCCAUUCUAACGAACAACGGAGGGAAUGGUUUCAAACCUAAUUCGCAAGAAGUGAUACCAAAACCCAUACCCUCCUCCCAACUGGACUUCCAGGAUCAUCUAACCACCAUCCCAGUCGAUAACGCAAGUUUGGUGCUGAACGGAAGCGGAGGAUCGGAGUCCUCCGCCAGGAGAAGCCAGUCGGCCGUGGUGCUGGCCAAUUCCACGCAACAACCAGACAGAUCGAAAAUGGGGAUCGGCCGAUCUGUGGAGAGGUCAGUGAUGCCGGUAACGAACGGCCAAUCGCCGGUGGCUCGAGGCGAGAGCUCGACCCCGAGAGUUGAACAUCGAUCCGCGACCCAAUCGAUGUCUCGAGUAGAAAACGCAUCGGUGGCGAUGCCGCCCAUCGUGGCUCGAGUGGAGAAUCAAUCGAACGUGAUGAUAGUGGCCAGAAACGAGAAAUCCGGACCGAUUGUGAUGAAUCCGCACGCGUUGUCGGCCGCCUCUCACCUGGUCAUGCAGAGCUUCAACGCGAUUCAAGGUAUCAACAAUCAGGUCGUGGCUGGGGAUAAUAACAAUCCUGGCUCGAAUUUGCCGAAUUCGCCUAGGAAUAGCUCCCCCUCGUCCACGCCUAGCAAGGUGCUCACGCCUAAGAACAGCCCGACCACCACCCCUGCGAGGACGUGUACGCCGCCCAAGCACAAGGGGAGUCACAGGGUCGAGGAGAGCGUCGUUUACUAUGGCAAGGAUCCGUUCGAGCAUUAUGGGAUCGCGCAAGGGGCGAUUCUGAGGGACAGAAUCGCUCGACGAGGCUCGAUGGAGAGCGAGAACAGAUCUGUUAGUAAUUGAGGAUCGAUAUUUGAUUUCGGUUUCGCGUGACACUGGAGGUUGGAGGAUGGGGAGGUUGUCGAAGGCUGGCGCGGAUUGCGGAUGGGACGUGACACUGUACAUCGUGUCCUGGUUUGGCCACGGUAUACGCGUCGUGUUUCUGGCUACGUAGCCAGAGGAGGUAGAUUUGGAGGAGGAGAAAUUUGGUCACGUUGGGGAAUAGGUGAUUGAUAUUAUACGUAUUGACGAAGUUUGAUGCUACGAUGUAUUUCGGGGAUCGAACGUGAUCGCUUUAUGGUUUAUUUUGAACUCGGGGAGGGGGGUGUUGGAGAGCGAGAUAUUCUCCGAAGAUGGCCAAAGAUGUAGAGUAGAUCUUGUUUCGAUAUGAAACGAUAUUUUUUUUUGAAAUUGAAUACCAUGCAAUGGAAUGGAAUAUUUGAAAAUGGCCGCUAGAGAUGUAGCGUAGAGUCUAGUACUAAUUUAACGCGAAGUUAUCUGGCAGUAGAACCAGCUUUAUUUGGAAUCGAGUCGCAUAACCUUUGUGCAAAAAUCGAAUGAAAUUCGAUUAUUUUGAGAAGAAGAAUAAAAUAUUCGUCGUAACUAUUGAGGAUGAAAGAAAUUUGUAAGUUAAGUAAAGUGUGACGAACGAACAAUCAACGCCUCAUUUUUGAAGAUACAUUUAUCGAACGACAAACGUAAUACAUUCUAUUCGCAAUAAAUAUCACGAACAGUAUUAAAACGGUCCAAAGAGAAAAGAAAAGGAACCUACGAAUAAAAUAUCGCUAUUGCAGACGAUAUAAUAGAAUAAAGAAGGUACACG